CCUUCCAAACCCAAUAACCAGUCUCUCUCUCUCUCUCUCUCUCUCUCUACAUAUCUUUUGUCUCUUUUCCAAGGGUUUUGAGAGACGUUGAUGAAAGAUCAUUUGCAGUAGCAAGAUAAGUUGGAGCAUACACUAUAUACGUACUGAGCUAUAUAUAUGGAGAUGAAGAGAGAGAUGAGUAAUACUACUACUACUACUACUACAAAAGAUAACAACAUGAUGGGAUCUUCGUCGCUUUCUGAUAUAAUAUCAAACGGUUCUUUUCCAAUGUUCUCAUCAACAUACACGUUUGAGCCGUCUUCUGAUUUUGGAGCUGAAAAUAAGGGGUCAACCUUAGGGUUCAUGGAGCUUCUGGGUGUGAAUGACUACUUCACUAUUCCUCCUUCUUCAUUCUUUGAUUUUCCAGCUUUAUUAGCUUCGAAUACUACAACUUCGACCAUUACCACUACUGCUGUUCCUCCUCUUACUAUUCCUAAAAAGGAGGUCAGUUCGGAUGCCUUGAAUAGUAAUAAUAAUAAUCAACCUGCAACGCCAAACACUUCGUCGAUUUCUUCAGCUUCGAGUGAUGCUCUCAAUGAAGAACAGACUAAACCUACGGACCCAGAAGAAGAGGAAGAAGAAGAUGAAGGUGAGGAAGACGAGGAAGAAGAGCAACCGGCAAAGACUACCAACAAACAGUUGAAAGCGAAGAAGACAAGUCAGAAGAAACAGAGAGAACCCAGAUUUGCGUUUAUGACGAAGAGCGAGGUUGAUCAUUUGGAAGAUGGCUACAGAUGGAGAAAGUACGGCCAAAAAGCUGUGAAAAACAGCCCAUUUCCCAGGAGUUACUAUCGUUGCACCAGUGCCUCAUGUAAUGUGAAGAAACGAGUUGAGAGAUCGUACACAGACCCAAGUGUGGUGGUGACUACUUAUGAAGGCCAACACACACAUCCAAGCCCACUCAUUUCUCGUCCCGCUCACACCGCCGCCGCCGAUCAUCCGGCCGCCGCCUUCGCCAAUAUUCCAUUUCAUAGAAGUAGUGGCCAUCAUCACCAGCUGCCUCAUCAGUAUCAGUUCAUGACUGAUCAUCAUCAUUUGUUAUCAUCACCAUCACCAUCACCAUCACCAGCCUCUUUACCCUCUAAUCAUAAUAGUUUUGCUAAUUACAGUAAUAUUAUUAGCCAUAUUAACAGUAAUAAUAAUGGCUCAACCACAAACGCAGCAGCUGCUUUUCUACAUGAGAGGCGCUUUUGCAACCCUUCACCAGGACCAGCUUUGAUCCCAGACCAUGGCCUUCUUCAAGACAUAGUCACCUCCAACAUGAGAACAAACUAGUAGUAGUAGUAGUAGUAGUCUAGCUUAAUUAGCUAUAUAGUUAUUAUAAUAUAGUUAUGUAGUUCAGUUCAGAUGCGAAACCCCAUUAAUUACUGGUAUGUACUUUUCAUGCUGACCGGUGGUGACUCUUUUUUCUUUUUCUUGGGUCCGCUCAGAAUUAAGAAUUUACUUCUUUUUUUUCUUUUUAUAUAUACAUUACCCAAAUGCUGAUGAUGACUAAUCCAGCUCUGGGAGUGGCUAGUUAUUUUUCUUUUUUUGGAGAAUGAGGAGGAGAAAGGAAUGGAGGGGUAUACUAGAGAGAAAAGUGGGGUUUGGGGGUAUGUAAAUAAAGAUAAGAUAACAAGUAUAGUAAAUGUGGGUUUCUUAUAAUUAAUUUCUUCUGACCACUCCUUUGUCCUAUGUCUUUGUUUUUGAUGUGUUGAAGGAAUGUGCAUUGAUUUCAUUGAGAGUCA